AAUUUAGAUUUAGAUUAGAAACUGGAGCCACAUAUUACAAACAUCCGGUCGACAAUUCAGCCGAGAACAGAGCGUUCAAGACCUCGGCCAGGCAAAUUUUUUUCGAUAGCGAAACAGAAGACCUUGUGGAUGAAAAAUUUGCAAAAUUUUUUUCCGAACAAUAA